CGCGUCCGUUUCCUUGGAGACGGACAGCCCGGUCUCGCUGGAAGUUUGAGCUGCCUAGGUUACCACGUGGUCCACGCUCAGACAAAAGAGUUGCAGAAGCCGAAUAAAUAGGCAUCGCAAGAGAUCGGAGCCCCGCGGACUCACGACUCUUCUUCCAUUUUCCCCAAUGGCCCAUGUCUUUCCAAAACCCAACCGCUCUGGGAUUCGCUCCACAGUCCACAACUUCCAGAUUCUGGAUUAUGUUCCAUGGCAGCGGUCCAAGCAGAAAACCAAGCCAUCUACUCUGCCUCCAGUCCUACAAUCCAGAGGCCACAAGAAGAGCAGAGUGAAGGCUUUGACUAGUGUCCCGCCAGCGUUGCAUUCCAAGUCCGCCACGUCGAUGACAAGCCAGCUGAGGCAGCCACAAGAAAUGCACAGAGAGAAGCUGGACUCUGGGAAGGCACAGGCCAAAAUCCGGCUAAUGAAGACGUUGCUCAGGAACGAGCGAAACUCACUCCAGGAGCUGUGCAGCCAUGAGGUCUUCCUCACCACGCUCAACUGGGAGCUGGUCAAGGCCAUCCAGGACAUGGAGGACAGCUCGGCCCUGAACGUGCGCGCGAUGCUGCAGCAGCAGGACAUCCUCGCGACCAUCGUGGACAUCUUGGAGUGCUCCAACAAGAAGAAGCUGCGGCAGCUGACGUGUGAACUGAAGGAGUGGGAGGAGAAGGAGGAAUCCAAGAUGAAGCACCUGGAGCAGCAGGUGGAACAGCUGAACGCCACGAUCGAGAAGACCCAGAAGGAAGUGAACUUCCUGAGCACGUACAUGGACCGCGAGUACCCUGUCAAGUCGGUCCAGAUUGCCAACCUUGUGCGCCAGCUGCAGCAGAUAAAGGACAGCCAGCAGGAUGAGCUGGAUGACCUUAAUGAGAUGCGCAGAAAGGUCCUGGAGUCUUUGUCCGAGCAGAUUCAGAGGAAGAAGAAAAACCUUCUGAGAUCUCUGGUGGUGAAAAACCAGCAGCGCCAUCAGGAGGCUCUUCUGCAGAAGAUCCGGGAUGGGCAGGACAUGCUGAAAUGCAGGGGCAAGUUCAGAGAAUUUAUCAGCCAGUUUGAGGAGGAAAUACCCAUCCUAAAGGCCGAGGUGGGGCGGCUCAAGGUCCAAGUCCAGGAGCCCCGAGAGACCGUGUUUGCGGAUGUUCUGCUUCGGAGACCCAAGUGCCCCCCAGACAUGGAUGUCAUCCUCAACAUCCCUGUGGAGGAACUGCUCCCCUUCUAGAUGGCAGGCCAUGGGCCAUCCUUCCCUCCCUGCUCUUUCCCCCAUACCUGGAGCCUUGACUUGUCUCCUUCCACGGCCACGUGUCCACUCAGACCCUGGACUGCCCUCUCUCCCUUCCUUCCUUUCUCCCUCCCUCCCUCUCUGCCCCCACCCUUCCUCUCCUUUCCUUCCUUCCUCCCUCUCUCCCUUCCACCUUCCUCUCCUUUCUUCCCUCCCUCUUUCCCCCCACCCUUCCUCUCCUUUCCUUCCUCCCUCUCUCCCUUCCGCCUUCCUCUCCUUUCUUCCCUCCCUCUUCCUCCCCACCCCUCCUCUCCUUUCCUCCCUCCCUCUCCCUCCCCCUCCCCCCUUCCUCUUUUCUUUCUGGCUGGUGCAGCUGCUUGGGCCAGGUGUGCAUUCCCAGUGAAGCGUGCCAUUUCUUUUUACCAAUAAAGCUGGCUUUGCAUUUGCUCCCUUGCUUGGAGAUUUCCGGCUAGGCCUGGAGAAGAUGUGGUAGGCACGGACUGUCUUAAGAUAAGGGGUGGGUAACUGUGCUGACCGUAUCUGGGGGCACAGAACAUCUCAAGAAGGGCUCCUGACCCCCUGCCUGAGUCUCGAUGGCUCUGUGGCUCCGGGCUGCCCCGCCCCUGGCAUCCCUGGUGCAGUGGGAGCCCAGCUUCCCUCCGGAUUUGUACCCAGACCUUUUGAGGCCAGUGCCAGGGCGGAGGGGAGACUCCCCGAGUCCGAUGCACCUGGGAUGUUGCUGGGCUUUCAUAGCCGAUGGCCAUCUCUAUUCUCGCGCAGCCGUCUGUCUGUCCACUGCCUGUGCCCCAGCUGUGCGCGGACGUGGCACCCACCCAGGUGCGUAGUUGGGCACAGCCCCCAGCGUGUGCUCCUGGACCCCCUGCAUGCAAGGACUGUCCCUCCAGUUACUGGGAGUGCUGUUAGCACACAUCCCUCGGCUGUCGGACCCUCAGGGGCUGCCUCAGCUGCAGAGGCCACUUCACCCAAGGUCAGCUGUCCUCCCACAUCCACUGACUGCUCCGGGUGCAAAUACCAAAGUCCCGGCCGUCUUGGCCUCACUUGGGACAACUCCGAAGGCCUGUUCUGGCUCCAGAACUCCCUGUAGGGUCAACUGAAACAGUCCUCGGGCCUGCCUCGCAGCUUGACCUCUCCCUCUGCCCGGUCCUGCCUGCCUCUCCCUUCCUCAGUUGACUCCCGGGUGCCCAUUGGUAAACAUCCUGCACUUUAUA